UUCAGUGACAUAACCUCAAAAGUCCGUGCUGGAUGCGGAUUUGACCCAGAGCGCGGUCAGCUGGAGAUUCACGUGGACUUAUCGCGAGUGCUGUGCAGUGAAAUAAUGCAGAAAUGGAUGCGAAUUUCUCUCCUGCUCUGCAUCUUUGGCUUCCUCAAGGAGAUCCGGCCGUCAGAGCCUUUUGUUACGAAUUUCCUGCUCGGCGGCUGGAGAAACAUCACUGAGGAACAGGUGAGAAAGUCACCUUGUGCCUUCAAACCUGUCCCAGACUCUGCACUUUCUCUCUUUCCAGGUCAAUCGCGAUGUCUACCCUGUGGGAACAUACUCAUAUGCUGCGCAAUUAAUCAUUGUUUUCCUCAUCACGGAUUUCCUCAAGUAGGAUUGCAUAACAUCCAGUUCUGGUCAGAUUAUUCAGGAAUCUCCUCUGUUUGCAGGUACAAACCACUGAUUCUGGUGCUGGGCAUUUCGGGUGUGAUUGUGUGGAGUCUUCUGCUGUGGACAGAGACUCUGGAGGCUUUGCAAGUCGCUGAGGUGUUUUACGGCACUUAUCUGGCCACGGAAGUGGCCUAUUUCACCUACAUCUACGCCAAGGUGGAGAAGGAGCACUACUCAAAAGUCACAUCUCACACCAGAGCCGCCAUUCUCUGUGGGCGCUUCAUUGCCGGCGCCUCGGGACAGCUGCUGAUCUUCCUGCAGUGGAUGGAUUAUCGGGAACUGAACUAUGUCACACUGGGAGCGCAGAUCCUGGCCACGCUUUGGGCUCUCUUCCUCCCAUCGGUGAAGAGGAGUGUAUACUUCCAUCGCAAGGCCUCAAUUCAGCGGACCACCAACGAGUUCCUCUCCUCAGAGCACGAACUCGUUGUCACGCGCAAGGAUCACGCACUGAAGCUGCUCUGGGGACAAUUCCGGAGAGCCUACACGAGCCGGAAGGUUCUCAUCGGCAGCAUCUGGUUCAUCUUCGGUCUCUGCGGAUACCUUCAGUUCAUCUCGUACGUGCAGAUACUGUGGAACGCCCUCAAUGUGGACAACAAGGAGAUCUGGAACGGCGCUGUGGAGGCUGCAAUGACUCUCCUUGGCGCCUUCUCCGCCCUGGUGGCGGGAUAUUCCCACAAUAGCUUCCUGGGCGGCCGCCGGAGCAUCUUCCUUCUCGUGAUCGCUUCCCUGGGUGGUGGAUUGGCCAUCUUCAUGGGUUCUCACACGGAGAAUCUCUUCGUCUCGUACGCAGCUUAUCUCAUCUUUGGAGUGCUUUACUCGUUUGCAUCCACAAUCGCCAGUGCUGAAGUGGCAAAUCAUCUCGAGGAGGACAGUUUUGGCCUCGUGUUUGGCUUCAACACGUUCCUCAGUCUCGUGCUGCAGACGAUUCUCACACUCACGGUCGUGACUAGCAUUCAUCUGACCAUCUUCCAGCAAUUCUACGUGUAUGCGACGUACUUCGUCGCGCUGGGAGUAAUUUACUUCGCUGUUUACGUCUGGGACUUGUGUACAGUGCCCAAAUAUGUUCUGGAGUAAUCUCUUAGGGGAGAAAUUGUAGAAAGACUGCAAGUAGAGUUAGAAAAUCCUGGGAAGGGGGAAAUAUGAGUUUCGGCGGGAAAGGCGCGGAAUCUUGGCAGUGCUGGGAAUCGAAGUGAGUGCGCAGAAGAGUCGGGAGUCAGCUGGUGCUUCCCGG